GUCAGACCAUGGACAAACCUGUCUCACUUUUUGAUUCUCACAACAAUACUGAAACUGAUGAAAGAAAGUCAAUAAUUUAAAAUUUUAGGACACUUUAAAUGUAUUUAAAAAUCUAUUAAUACUAGUAGAAACUUGAAGGAUGGCAUCAUCGACUGCGUCGGGUGUUGAGGGGUCAAACCCUGCUGAGGAAAUGCUGAUACGUCUCGAAUCGUCUACCCAUGUUUCCAACUUGACCAAGAAAUUACAAGAACAAUUCCUCAACAAGGCGUUGGUGGAUAUCGCACUAGUCACGGAAGAAGGACAAUUCAUUCAUGCUCACAAGUUUAUUCUUUCGGCUGGCUCACCAUAUUUCAAGGACAUUAUUGACCACGCUUCAAAGCUAAAGUCCACUCACAGCUCAUCUUGUCCCUUAAUUAUUUGUCUUUCUGGGAUGAAAUAUGUUCAUCUUUAUCCACUGAUAAAGUACUUAUACACUGGCAGUGUGGAUGUUUCUCAAAACGAUCUCAGAAUUUUGAUAAAGACUGCAUUUCAACUAAAAAUUAGUGGGUUGUAUGAAGAGGCAGAAGAUAUUAUGCAAAGUUCGGAAGCAGAAUUUACAAACGAUGACAGUAAUAGCAACGAUUUGGGCAUUGAAAGUAUUUUCAAGGAAGAACAAGAUGAAGAUACAAUUGACGAAGAUAACGAAGUCGAUGAUGAACCAUUCCAGCAUUUUUUAGUAGAAACUGAUAUUGUGGAAGAUCAUGCACAGUCGUCUGCAGAUUUAUCCUCAGUUAGCCGUCUAUCGCAACCACCCCCACCAUCAUUUACUCCCAAGAAGAGACGUUCUUUAUCUAAUCGGUUUUCGAAAAGCUGCAAUCGAAAAAGUGACAGUAACCAGCCGGGAAAGGUAGUCCAAUGUUGUAACUGUGGAAAUGUCUAUCGAUGUAAUAAGUCCUUAUGGAGGCACAAAAAGUUCAACUGCCCAGCUACCGAGAGUACGAAAGUAACGUUUGUAUGCAAAAUUUGUGCAAAAGGGUUUAGUCGGUCUGAUAAUUUAAAGAGACAUGUCAUGAUUGCACAUCAGGAAAAAUGCUGACAAGGUUGAAAUUUGCAUGUUUACUAAACAUGGCAUAUGAGAUUUUACCAGAGACUUAAAAGUUGGUCUGUACAGAAAAUUAAUUGGAUUAAACUAUUUUUACUGCAAGAUCUCAAUAGUAUAUUUAUAAUUUUGUAAAGUCUGAAAACCAUUACAAAACUUAAAAAUAAAUUUUAACUCUUAAAAUCUCA